CUUCUAUUGAUUGGUAGUAUCUCAUAAUAUUGAAAAUAUGGCGCCCUCCCAAAACCCAAUUCCCACUAUUGCCACAGCGGUCUUUGGGAUUUUCUUCUUAAUCGUCUUUUCCACAGCUGAAAAAGCUCCAUACAGUUCCUUUGCGAAAAAUGCAACAUCAGCUCCAUCGACCGGGCACUACGACUACAUAAUCAUCGGCGGCGGAACCGCGGGCUGCCCGCUGGCAGCAAUGCUCUCCGCCUCCGCCAAGGUAGUAAUCCUCGAGAGGGGCGGCCUUCCUUACACAGACCCCAACAUCGCCCACGCCUCAGGAUUCGCCCGCACGCUGACGGACCCGUCGCCCGACUCGGCCGCGCAGCUCUUCAUCUCCACGGACGGCGUGUUCAACCACCGCGCGCGCGUGCUGGGCGGGGGCACCGCCAUCAACGCCGGGUUCUACACGCGCGCCAGCCGCGAGUACGUGGGGCGGGCCGGGUGGGAGCCGCGGCUGGUGGAGGCGUCGUACGAGUGGGUGGAGAGGAAGGUGGCGUUCCGGCCGCGGGUGAGGCCGUGGCAGGGCGCGGUCAGAGAGGGGCUGCUGGAGGCCGGCGUGCUGCCCGACAACGGGUACACGUACGAGCACGUUGAUGGGACCAAAACCGGAGGAUCAACAUUCGAUCAGAAUGGAAUUAGGCAUACGGCUGCUGAUUUGUUGGAGCAUGCUCAUCCAAACAAUAUCACUGUAUACUUCCAUGCUACGGUGCACCAAAUCCUCUUCACCACCUCCCCAGGGCAAAGAAGGAAGGCUUAUGGAGCAGUUUUCAAAGACUCAAAAGGCAAGAAACAUAUGGUAUACUUGAACAAGGGAAAUAGAAAUGAGAUAAUAUUGUCAGCUGGAGCAUUGGGAAGCCCACAGCUUCUAAUGCUGAGUGGUAUCGGGCCGGCCCAUGAACUCAAAGCCCAAGGAAUACAAGUGGUGUUGGACCAGCCAAUGGUGGGCCAAGGGAUGUCCGACAACCCAUUGAAUGGCAUCGUAAUACCUUCUAGAAGGUCCGUGGAAGCCUCCCUUCCUCAAGUAGUUGGCAUAACUGAUAUUGGCUUCUACAUUGAAGCACUUAACGGCAACAUUGACUCCUUAACUUCUCUUACAACUGCUGCAAAUCAAGGCCACGAGCUAGCAAUGGUCGGGGGAAAGGUAUCGGGACCUUUCUCGGAAGGGUAUAUGAAGCUUCAGAGCAGGGACCCCAAUGACAAUCCAAGUGUGACAUUCAACUACUUCAGUGACUCGAGGGACUUGCAAAAGUGCGUCCGAGGCAUGAAAAUCCUCAAAAGAGUUGUGGGAUCACAGGCCAUCUCCCGAUUUUGGUACUCCAACAGCACGAUGCGAUCCUUGUUGAAGUAUACGUUGUCCAUUCCCAAAAACCUCAGGACACAGCACAAGUCAGCAGCUUAUGAUAUGCAACAAUACUGCAAUGAUACAGUGAUCUCAAUCUGGCAUUUCCAUGGAGGUUGCCAAGUGGAUCGGGUCGUUGAUCAUGAUUAUAGGGUGCUUGGUGUGGAUGCACUGCGUGUCGUUGAUAGCUCCACCUUUUACCACACCCCUGGAACUAAUCCUCAGGCUACCAUUAUGAUGCUUGGGAGAUAUAUGGGACAUAAAAUCCUUAAGCAGAGGCAGAGAGGGGAAAAGGGUGCUUGAGAUUUUACAUCACAAGACAUGGAAAUAAAGUGGAAUGCAGGCAGCAAAUGUAUAUUUCAUUUUAGUGACAUGUCAUGAUAUAAUUUCAAGUAAUAGACAUGGUAUUUACAGAAACAAUUAGAUUGAUAAGUAUAGCUUGACUGACCUUCCCAAGGUAGAGAAUGAAAUUCAAAUCUUUAAAAUGGGAACAAAUAAAUGUGAGGGAGGAAUAUCACCAAGGAUAUGCCGAUUCAUGAUUCUGAUAAUUGUCAAUUCCAUCUUUUGAACAGCAUCUUCUUUCCAUAGCUUUUCUUCACAUUUACCAACAAGAGACAUGGAUGAAGGAAUAUGGCUAUCCUGACAGGGAACGGGUAGGAUAAGAAAAGCACGCUAAGAGACCAAUAUACAGAAGAGUCUAAAGCAUAUGCUGUUUCUGUAUUGGUUUAUUCCAUCUGCUAAAGCAUAUAUAAACUACAGCUAGUGAUCAGUCAAAGCAUAAAGAUGCAGUUUUAGAAACAGGAGCAGAGUUUCGAAGAGGCACUAGUUCAUUAAGCAAACCAUUCAUAGGGCUACCCUUACUUGGCAUGAACUGUUGGUACUUGAUAGUGAAAAAAUAUGUAGGUGGCCGAUGUGCGGCUUCUAGUUCGCAUAACAUGCCAAAGGAGAGUUGCCCUGUGACUGGUUUUGCUUAACAUGUUUGAUGAAAUACAAUAGCUUCUCAUACAGCAAAAGGUACAGUCAGGCUUUCUUUACGGAUUUGUUAAUCUAUUGUAAACAUUGCAUCACCAAAAUCUUAUCUCGUCUUUCAAAUUGUAUCAUUACCUAGAUUGGCAGUGUAUGUUCAAACGUGUGUAGAUUUCUCAUAUGUUCCACAUAUUCUUAAAUAAUAGCCAAACUAAAAUCUUCUUAUUCA